AUGGGCAAUAAACAGAUAAGCAAAUUAAAACCUCACGAUUUAGAGGAAUAUAAGCGUAUAACAACAUUCACUGAUCAUGAAAUUCAAGAGUGGUAUAAAGGAUUUAUGAAAGAUUGUCCAAAUGGUCAAUUAACAAUGAGCGAGUUCAAGAAGAUUUAUUCACAAUUUUUUCCAUACGGUGAUUCUUCAACAUUUGCAGAACAUGUCUUUCGACGAUUCGACGAAGAUCAUAAUCAACGUAUAUCAUUUAGAGAAUUUUUAACAGCAUUAAGUGUAACAUCGAAAGGAAAAUUAGAAGAAAAACUCAAAUGGGCAUUUGGAUUAUACGAUGCAAAUGAUGAUGGAUUCAUCACAAGAGAAGAAAUGCUAGAGAUUGUGUCGGCUAUAUACAAAAUGGUUGGAUCAAUAACGAAAAUGCCCGAAGAUGAGUCGACACCAGAAAAAAGAACAGAAAAAAUAUUCAACCUAUUCGACUCCGACCGUGAUGGAAAAUUAUCGAUGGAAGAGUUUGUUGAGGGUGCAAAAAGUGAUCCAUCGAUUGUUCGCCUAUUGCAAUGUGAUCCAAGUAUGACUUCUGUCGUUCAGAACACAGCGACGACAGCCUCAUCAACACCGGCUCGUUUACAUUCUUGA